GUCUUAUUUCUAAAACAAAGCUGUAUCCAGAUACAAGGAAGUGAAUCAGAAUGAUCUCUUGAUGAGCUCAUCCUUUACAUUUGAAUACACACGUCUCCACUACAAUACAAUGAAAGUUGCAUUAUAAAACUGUGAAUUUACGUUGUGAAACGAAGAAAUAGGUGUUGAAAUGUAGAAAUAGUCGUUUUGGGUCAUAUUUGUUUGAAGUUCAAACAAAGGCUUCAUAAUUAAAACAAAAGAUGCUUCAUUAAAAUAAGUCAGAAUACUCACAACAUUAAAUUCUAAAUAAAUUUCUUGUUUGAAAAUGGCUUCAGCACCUAAAAAACUAAAGAUUGAGGCAAAUGGAUCUCGUUUGAGUAAACUUUUAAUCAAUAAAGGAACCAAUGCCUUAACAAAAACAUUGCAAAUCAUUAUAAACCUUCAAUCAUCAAACCUAAAAGAUAAACUUAAAGAUCCUUCUACAAAGAGUAAAUUGACAUCCCUAAAAUUCAAAGUCAUCAACAAAGAGCAAUGGAACCUUCUUUAUCCAUCAACUGGUUCACCUGACAUUCAAAACUUUGAUAUCUCAUUAUUGACUGUCUUAUUACGAAACAUUUGUGGUCUAACAGCGCCACAUAGUGGAUGGAAUAAUCUUCCUUCCUCUUCAGAUUCUUCAAUCUCAGCAAACAUUGCAAGAAUAAAGUUUUAUCGAAACAAAGUGUACGGUCACAUAACUACAACUAGUGUAAAUGACAGUGAGUUUGAGCAUUUGUGGCAGGAAAUUUCAAAAUCAUUGGUUGCUCUUGGUAUUCAACAAGCUGAAAUAGAUGAAUUAAAGAAAGCUCCCCUCAGUCCUGAUGAGGCAAACCAUAUUGAAAUAUUGAAAAACUGGUAUGAAAAAGAAAAACAGUUAAUCGAUGUCACGGAGGAAACUAAAGAGGUUGUAAAAGAAUUAAAAAAAGAUUUUGAAGUUAUGAAAAACAAAGUUGAAGAAAUUAAAGAAAACAUGCCAACAAAAGCUGAUAUAGAAAUGAUACAGGACAAAAUAUGCUCAGAUCUUCAGAAGCUUGGAAACUGUAAUUUUAAUGGUCUUAUAAAAGACCUUAACAAGAAAUACCUUGAAGGCACUAGACAAUGGUUAUUUGAAAAAGUUGACAAUUGGUUUACCGACAAAAACGAAGAUGUUUCUAAUGUCAUGAUUUUGAUUGCUGGUCCUGGCGUUGGUAAAAGUGUGUUUGCUGCUGAGGUUUGUCGACGAUAUUCUGAAAAGAAGAAACUUGCUGCUUCUCAUUUCUGCAGAUAUAAUAGAUCAGAUGAGAGGAAUCCUAGAAUGUUGAUAGAAUCAUUGGCCUGUAGCAUGUGUGAUACAAUAUCAGAUUUUAAAUGUAAACUGAAUGAAGAAUUACAGAGAAAACAUUCCUAUGAAUCACUCACCGAUGCAUUCCGUGUUUUAUUAAACAAUCCAUUGCAUUCAUUGGAACAUCAAGAACCAAUGCUUUUGGUUAUUGAUGCCUUAGAUGAAAGCCAAGUUGAUGGCAAAAGUGAAUUGUUGGAAUUGAUUGCAGAAGAGUUUGACCGACUGCCUAAAUGGAUUAAAAUCUUCAUCACCAGUCGUCCAGAACUUCCUGUUCAAAAGGAGUUGAAAGACGUGAAUCCUGUGGAAAUUACAACUCUUCUUCGUGAUGAAAACAACGAAGAAGACCUGCACAAGUAUUUGAGACAUCAGUUAAAUAAUCGGUUGCAGAAAGAUUGCUACCUUCUUCAGUCAUUAGUUAAAAAAUGCGAGGGAUCAUUUCUUUAUGCGUAUUACGCACAACUGAGCUUGAAAGAAGAAAAUAUUGAGCUUACUUACGAAAACAUUCAACAAUUGGUCCCUAGUGGGUUAAGCGGUGUUUACGCAAAGCAAUUCAAAAAAGUAAAAGAAUUGUUAACUAAGAAAAGUCCCAGAAAUUCGGUUAUCUCAGAAACUACUUUCAUGCAAUUUCUUGAAUUGUUGGCUGCCUGUCGGGAGUUUUUACCAUUAACUUUACUGUUUAGCUAUUUAGGUUUUUCUGAUGACAUCACGUUUGAAGUCCGCAGUAAAAUCAUUGAACUGUUAUCUCAAAUUUUGCCAGUUUACGAUGAUUAUUUAACCGUGUAUCACAAAUCUCUAUUUGAUUGGUUGAAAUCAGAUGGUUACGAACAGCAUGAGUUUACAGUUAAUCCAAAAAAUGGUCAUAAGCUCCUAUGGCAUGCUUGUGAGAAAGUGUUUAAGCACAUCAAGUCGAUAAACAUUUUUAAAGAUCAGAUGAACACUGCUAUUAUUAAAUAUGCUUUGAAGAAUGGAAUCUAUCAUAUGUCAAAAUGUUGCGAAAAUGUUGACUUUAGUUGGGCAGUAGAUGUCAAAGUGGUUUAUGCGAGGUUAAUGUGUGGGAGGACAUUAACGUGAAUACCAUUAGGUCUGAAUUGUUUGAAAUCAUUAAGGAUCGACGUACUUUCUUAAGAAAAGAUGUACUUGAGGAACAACUAUUUCAUUUGUUUAUGGCGAGAGCAUUCAUAUAUGUAUGAUGAUAGCUUAAUUUAUUUACAAAUUAUUGCAAACAGAAUUGAUGGCAGUAACGAAAAAGGAUUAUUGGCAAGGGAUUUAUUGAAACAAGGAAAGUUUUUUGGUUUGAGAAUUUAGACUCAACAUAUUUAACAAAGCAUCAUCAUUUGACUGUCUCCUUGCGUGUUAACGUUACAUCUCUUUGUGUGUCGUCCAAUGAAGAACUUCUUGCUGUAGGAUAUGAAAAUGGUCGAAUAGCUAUAUUUGAACUUCCUGAAUUCAAACAACGAUGCACUCUAGGCACUGCACUCGAUCAUUCAAUGUUGGAUAAGUGGGUUUAUGUAUACGAAUUUAUAUCUCGGUAUGACUAUAACUAUCCAGCAUCAACGAAAUCUUGUUUUGUACGUGGAAACAUCUGUUGUUGCUCCUAUUCACCUACCGGAAAUAGACUGGUAACUAGUGAUGGAUCUACUGAAGUAAAGUUGUGGGACGUUGACAAUGGACAUUUGUUAUUAUGUUUACUGGCAGAUGAUGUCGUUAAUCAUUGCUCUUUCUUAGAUUCUGGUUUGUUCAUUACAGCAGAAUAUGUAGAACAUUCCUUUGAACUUCCUAAAGAAGUGUUCACUGCAUGGAAUUCAUUAACUUUGCAAAGAAUUGAUCGACGCUGCGUUGCUGAUUACCAAAAACUACAAUGCACCGAUAAUUAUUCAGAGUUCUUUGUUGAAGUCAUUGACGAGACUUCGUAUAUUUUUCAAUUCUCAAAGGCAUUCGAUAUUUGUUCAAGAAAAAAGGAAUGUUCACAAUCUUUGCAUUUAAUGACAGCACACCACUAUCGUGAUUGUGUUUUUUAUCAUACAAAUCAGGUUGUAAAGCUUUCUGAAGUCACUCAGUUGACAAAAUACAAAAAUCAAGGAGAAAUCGAGUUUUGUUUACCAAAUGUUAGGUGUCCAUGUGUUCGUAGGUUUGUUGAAAAUGUCCAUCCCAUCUCGUUUAAGGAAUCUUACGUUGUGCCGUAUUUUUCCAAGCUUAAAGUUUUCAAAACUGAUCAUCUUUGGAGACCUUCAUUUAUCUUUGAGAAAUUUAGAUAUAAAUGUUGUUGUUUUUCACCGGAUGGAUCUUUUUUUGCUGCUUUCGCUGUUGGUGAACACGUCAACAUUCAUAUUUGGAGCAUUGAACGUUCCACUACUAUUCAAACUGUACCAAUACAACUGAAGAAUGCAUUAGGAUGUUGGUGGUCAGAUGGUUUACUGUGGAUAUGGGAUUGUUCUGAUCAUCUUAUGAAGAUAUCAACUUCGUCUGAAAAUUUUGUAGAUUCUUCUCAAGCAAAACAUGUUAACCUUGGAUUUAAACCUGAGAAAAUCUUAACAUUUGGUGAUGUCUUAGUUUGUAUUGAUGAACUAGAUUUUCUUCAAAUUGUUAGAAUUACCAAGGGUGAAAUACAAUACAACAGACGACUUUCAGUCGAUAGUUCAAAAUUUAAAGCAGCAGCUGUAUCACCUGAUAAUUCUGUUAUUUUAACUGUAAACAAAACAGAAUACACAUUCUGGAAAUGGGGAAAUAACAACAAUGAACUUUACUUGGAAGCUUGGUAUACUGCAGAAAUACCCAUAACGUCUUUUCUUGAAAAAUUUGUUACAGAACAGAUAACUGUAACUCGUCUUAAAGUCCGUUGCUUUAUAAGUGAUGGUAACCAAGCGGUCAUUGCAUUCCCUUUUGAAGACAACAAUUUCGACUGGAGAACUGGCAUUUAUGUAAUUAAUGUGCAUAAAAACAAUGACGUGAGUACGAUUUUCCAUAGUAUCGAUUAUUUUUGUUUGUCUAAGACAAUCGCACAUAAAUCAUAUUUCAUUUGUGAAUCUUUUAGCACAUUGGUUGCUGUGGAUUUAAAGAGGGGUGAAAUAUGUGCUGAAUUUUACGGAUUAGAUUCUGUAUCUAAUAUAACUAUACAUUACAACACAGAUACUAUAGGUUUUGUGUCAGGUGAUGGAUACGGAAUUAAAUUUUUAAAACUCAAUGUUCCUGAAUGAAUCCAUUAAUUCAACCUUUGUAGUUACAAUAAUCUAUCGUAUUUACGAACAUUACAUAUCACUUAAAACGAACAUUAAAAAUUUCUUUAUAUCAAAAAAGGACACUUAUUUAUGGUAUCAACAACGAACUCAAAAAUAUUGUAGAAAAAAUUGUCCAUAUCCUUAGUUUUAACUGUGGAAAAACUGUCAGUUUUUUAUUAUGUAAAAAUCUUACUGACAGAGAGAGAGAUUAGUUUUUUGUAAUGUCAAGUAAAGAUCAUUUUCAUCUUAUGAUUCCCGUCAACUUUCAAAUUUAUAUUUGGAGAAUUCAACACUGUAACAUUGUCGAAGAUGUGAUGAAAUUGAGAAUAUCACACGAAGAUGUUGAUUGUCGUAACGAUGGUCGCUUGUUUUACAUGUGAAAAUUACCAAAAGUGAGAAACCUUUGAUCUCUGAACGAACUUUAUGAUGAUGGUUUACUUUUUAAUACAAUUGUAUGGUCAGAUAAUUCGGUUAUUUUUAUUAUAUAUUAAACGUUCACUACAUAGAAAUGAAAGAAUGUCGACAACUCAUUCAUUGUGAGUCAUUUGACAAAAUGGUGUUAUUGUAGAUAAAGAUUAUUUUGUUUACAUUAUAGAAUGACUUUCUUUUGAACAUUCUUUCAAAAACUGUAAAUAAAAUUUAACUUACGCAUGUUAAUAUCGUGGAAACAAGUUUUGUAUGAUGUUAAAAAUUCACAUUUAUAAAACAC